CCUAAUGAUUUGGUGUAUACGGUGUAUUCUCUUAUCAUUCAUUCAUGUAUAAAUAAGAGACUCCUCCCCAUAGAUACCCAAACACAUUAAGCUGUGUUGAAUAUUUCCCACUCUUUUACGGCCUCUUUAUUUUCUAUAUAUCAACAUGUGGUUUGUACCUAAAGAUUUGGUAUUUUCAGUGUUAAUACUUGUGCUAUUGUUAAUAACACUAUGCUCAAGUUCUUUUGUGAAGAGUGAAAAUCAGAUAAAAUCAACUGUUUUUUUGUCUCCUAAAUUUGAGCUUGGUCCUGGAUCUGUUAUCAAUAGAUAUUAUUAUGAUAUUGAUUUUCCAAGAGGUCAUAUAGCACUCAAGAGUUUCAAUGCUGAGGUAGUUGAUGAAGCUGGUAAUUCUGUACCUCUCCAUGAAACUUAUCUCCAUCAUUGGGCUAUUAACCGAUAUCAUCAAAGUAAACAUGUCACACACACAGAAUACAGUAGCCAUAAGAUGCUUCAUAACUCUAAUCAUGUUGAGGUUAGAAAUAGUGGCGUAUGCCAGGGAAAUGUUGUUGGACAAUACUUUGGCCUUGGAUCCGAAACACGGGGAAUAGAACUCCGUAUUCCGGAUCCUUUUGGUGUAGAGAUAGGUAAUCCAGAAGAUGUUCCUGAAGGAUUUGAAGAGAAAUGGUUGGUUAAUAUCCAUGCCAUCGAUACGCGUGGCGCAGAGGAUAAGUUAGGGUGCACUGAGUGUAAGUGUGAGCUUUAUAAUGUUACAGUGGAUGAACAUGGAAGGAGUAUACGGCCAGAUUAUAUAGGAGGUUUGUUAUGUUGUCCGGAUUAUGCACAGUGCAAGUUGAAAGAAGGAUUUGAGGGACCAAAGAGAAGCCUGUACUUAAAAUACACAGUAAGAUGGGUUGAUUGGGAUGAUUCUAUAGUGCCUGUUAGGAUUUAUUUAUUUGACGUGACAGAUAGUUUGAAACUAUCAGAUGAUAAUUCAAAAGGAAUCAACCCAGGUCAUAAUUGUAAGAUUGAGUAUCAAGUUGAAUCUUGCAGCACGGAUCAUAAGGAGGGAAAUGGCUGUGUUGAUGUGAAGAAGACAAGUGUUCCAAUGCAAAAUGGUGGGUAUGUGAUAUAUGGUGUUGCUCAUCAGCAUUCAGGUGGGAUUGGAUCCACCCUAUAUGGACAGAAUGGAAGGGUUAUAUGUUCUUCAAUACCAAGUUAUGGAAAAGGAAACGAAGCCGGAAAUGAAUCGGGGUACAUUGUUGGAAUGUCCACAUGUUAUCCUAAACCAGGUUCUGUGAAGAUUAUUGAUGGUGAAAUUUUAACUCUAGAGUCUAAAUACAACAGCACCAAAGAGCACGCUGGAGUAAUGGGAAUUUUCUACAUAUUAGUAGCUGAACAGCUUCCAUACCAACACUUCAGACAUUCUACUCGUUCUUCAUUUGUUAUGAAUUAACGAGUAGGUAAUGACAAAUAUAUGAUAAUAUGAAAGAGGAAUAAAGACUGUAUUUGAAAGUGUUACAGAAUAAUACAGUUAUCUGCGUGUACAAGAAAAAUAAGAUGCAGGCAUAUUCUAAAGAUUAUGUCAUCAAUAUUUUAUGUCAAAUUUUAAUGAUUAUGUAGUUUGUAAUGUUAUUGGGUUUAUCAACUCUUUGUUGUAACAUAUGGAUAUAUGUUAAGUUUGUAAUUAUCAGCUCCAUACUAUAUAGCUGAUUGAUGUAAAAGGGACUUUCAUUAAGUGUGACGUUUUUAUGAUAUAA